AUGAAGUUGUGGCCAUUCAAAGUUGAGGCUGGAAGCGACGACAAGCCAAAAAUUGUAGUUACAUAUAAAGGUGAAGAGAAGGAAUUUUCCGCUGAAGUUUUAGCAAAGAUGAAAAGGGUAGCAGAGACAUUUCUUGGAUCAGAUGUUGAAAAGGCAGUGAUUACUGUUCCAGCUCAUUUCAAUGAUUCUCAACGACAAUCAACAAAGGAUGCUGCUAAAGUUGCUGGACUUGAGGUUCUGCGCAUGAUUAAUGAACCUACUGCAGCUGCAAUUGCUUAUGCUCUAGAAAAAAGAGCUUGUGAAAUGAAUGUUGUAGUUUUUGACAUUGGUGGUGGUACUUUUGAUGUUUCUGUUAUCAGUAUUGAUAGAGAGGGACACAUCCAGGUUAAAGCAACGGGUGGUGACACACAUUUAGGUGGAGAGGACUUUGAUAACCGAAUGGUUAAACAUUUUGUUGGAGAAUUUAAGAGAAAGCACAAAGAGGACAUUAGUAGCAACCAAAAGGCUUUAGGUAGGUUGAGGGUUCACUGUGAGAGGGCAAAGAGGAUUGUUUCAACAGCUGUUCAGACUAGAAUUAACAUUGAUUGCUUGGUUAAUGGUAUAGAUUUUUCUUCAAAGUUUACUCGUGCAAAGUUCGAGGAGGUCAACAUGGAUUUGUUCAAUAAGUGUAUGGAACCUGUGGAGCAGUGUUUGAGGGAUGCGAAUAUGAACAAGGAUAGCAUUGAUGAAGUGGUUCUGGUUGGUGGAUCAACCAGGAUUCCUAAUGUACAGAAAUUAUUGCAAGAGUUCUUCAACGGAAAGUCACUUUGCCAAAAUAUCAAUCCUGAUGAGGCUGUUGCACAUGGUGCUGGAAUUCUAGCAGCACAAUUAAGUGGCAUGGGUGAUGAAGCUGUGCAGGGUCUGGAGCUAAUUGACAUUACUCCUUUAUCACUUGGCUUUAAGGUUAAAGGAGAUCUUAUGUAUGUGUUAAUUCCUAGAAAUUCACCUAUCCCAACAAAGAAGGAAGGUACAUUUUGUAUGUCCUAUGACAACCAAACUGUUGUAAAUUUUGAUGUUUAUCAAGGUGAGAGAGACAAAGCUUCCGAGAACUAUCUCUUAGGAAGACUUGAGCUAUCUGGAUUUCCUUCUGCUCCAAUGGGGGAAGUUAAGUUCAAUGCAUGCUUUGAGAUCGAUGCUGAUGGGAUCUUGAAUGUUUCUGCCAGAGAAAUAACCUCUGGCAUGAACAAGACAAUCAAGAUAACGCACAGUGGUAGUUUGUCGAAAGAAGAGAUUGAAAAGAUGAUUGCAGAUGCUGAACGAUAUAAGUUUGAAGAUGAAGCACACUUAAAGAAGGUGAUGUCCCAUAUAGCUCUAGACAACUUUGUUUCCAAGGUUCAAUCGAGUCUUAAAAAAAUGGGGCUUAGUGAAAAAGACUUGGAAGACCUAGACCAGCAGAUUGCAGAGACAAUUGAGUGGCUUGAUGAGAACCCUGAUGCUGAAGAGGGUGAGUUGGAGGACAGAAAAACAGAGCUUUACAAUGCAUGCACGCAGAAGAAGUUAAGCCAUGAAGCAAAAGCUUCACUUAAUAGUUUAUUUGAUUCAGUAAACUUUGAACGUUGA